AUGGGGAUGAUUGGGGGGGCUGCCGGGGUGUCUCUUCCAGCUGUUCUUCACCAGCUGCUGGUGGGGCUGAUCCAGCAGUGGAUGGUGCCAACGAUCCAGAACUCCAUGAAGCCCUUUCGGGACAUGGACUAUUCCCGGAUCAUCGAGCGGCUCCUAAAACUGGCCGUCCCCAACCACUUCAUCUGGCUCAUCUUCUUCUACUGGUUUCACUCCUGCCUCAACGUGGUGGCCGAAGUGAUGCAGUUUGGGGACCGGGAGUUCUACAGGGACUGGUGGAACUCGGAGUCGGUGACGUAUUUCUGGCAGAACUGGAACAUCCCGGUGCACAAGUGGUGUCUCAGGCACUUCUACAAGCCCAUGCUCAAGCGGGGGGUCAGCAAGUGGACGGCGCAAACGGCCGUGUUCCUGGCGUCCGCCUUCUUCCAUGAGUACCUGGUGAGCGUCCCCCUGAAGAUGUUCCGGCUCUGGGCGUUCAUGGGGAUGGCGGCUCAGAUCCCACUGGCCUGGUUCGUGUCCAAAUUCCUGCGUGGGAACUACGGGAACGCGGCCGUGUGGCUGUCGCUGAUCAUCGGGCAGCCCAUCGCCGUCCUCAUGUACGUCCACGACUACUACGUGCUCAACUAUGAAGGCAACCAGUGAGGGGGGGGGACAACGCUGUCCCCCCCCCGCCGCUCACCCUGUGCCGCAGAGGGACGAGCCGCUCUCACCGUCCUUGUGAAUUGAAUGUCGGAUCAAUGCAAUAGCCCCCGGGGGGGUGACAGGGACAAUCCCCCCCGCCCUGGGGACGUGGGGCCGGGGUAGCAGCCGGGAUUGUGGGGCUGUGUCCCCCUCCCCAGCUUUAAGCAUUUUGGCACUUUAAGGGACUGUCCCCCUGUCCCUGUCACACUCCCCGGGGGGUGGGGGGUGUCACCUGGAGCCCCCCCGGCCCCGCUGCUGCCUCCGGCCACUUUUUAACCCUUUUCCAGAUUAUUUCUCUCAAAAACUGUGUGAUUAAAGUCUUUGGUUGUUUUUUCCAA